UUUGGGAUAAAGGCUCGGAUGAUGAUGAAGAAUCUCAUUUAAAUACCCUUAUAUGAUCAGUAUAUGCAGAGUUUAAAAGUUAUUAUUAACUAUGAAGUUGCUUUGUAUUUCCCUUGUCUUUCUCAUUUCUCUCUUAGUUUCAUGCACAGAGAAAAAGGUAUACAUAGUAUAUUUUGGUGAGCACAAAGGAGACAAAACGUUGCAGGAAAUCAAAGAGACACAUCACUCGUAUAUAUUUUCAGUGAAGGAGACAGAGGAAGAAGCAAGAGCUUGUCUUCUUUACAGUUACAAGCAUAGCAUCAAUGGCUUUGCUGCAUUCCUCACCCCAGAUGAGGCUUCCAAGCUAUCUGAAUUGAAAGAAGUGGUAUCUGUGUUUGAAAGCCACCCAGCAGAAUAUUCUUUACAGACUACAAGGUCAUGGAAAUUCUUAGGAUUAGAAGGAUUAGAAGACGAGGAAAUGUAUGGUUCGAACCAACUUAGCAUUGGAAAAGAAACGCUCAAAAGAGCUGAAUACGGCAAGAAUGUCAUUGUUGGGGUCAUAGAUACUGGUAUUUGGCCAGAAUCAAAGAGUUUCAGUGACGAAGGGAUGGAUUCUGUUCCAGAAUUUUGGAAGGAAAAUAAUUGCCAAACAGGAGAUGAUUUCGAUUCCUCAAAUUGUAACAGAAAAAUCAUUGGUGCCAAGUACUACCUUGAAAAUUUUGAGAAACAGUACGGCUCACUAAAUACCUUAGAAGACAGUCGGUCACCACGUGACGUGAAUGGUCAUGGAACCCAUACAGCUUCAAUCAUUGCAGGCAAGAGUGUUAAGGGUGCAACCGACAUAGGUAGAUUUGCAAUUGGUACUGCCUCUGGUGGAGCUCCAAUGGCGCACUUGGCAAUAUAUAAAGUGUGUUGGACUACACCUAAAGAAGUAAAAUCCGACGAACAUACAUGUUUUCCGGCUGACAUUUUAGCAGCGUUCGACGAUGCCAUUAGAGAUGGUGUCCAUGUUCUAAGCAUUUCAUUGGCGGGGAAAACCCUACAACGUUAUGAUGAAGACAUUUUUGCUAUUGGCUCACUUCACGCGGCGAAGAAUGAUAUUGUGGUGGUGUCUUCUGCUGGGAACUUUGGCCCUACUAAGGGGACAGUAACAAAUGUCACGCCUUGGGUUAUCACUGUGGGUGCUAGCACUGUGGAUCGAUUGUUUUUUAGAAACCUUACCCUCGGAAAUGGGGUGCAAAUCAUGGGGCAAACUGUGACUCCACAAGAGUUGGAAAAUAUGCACCCAUUGGUACAUGCAAAAGAUGUUGAAAAUAACACUGUUGCAAACAAUGCAAAAGGUCAAUGCCUUGCUGGUUCCCUUUCACAUCUAAAGGUUAUGAACAAGAUGGUGUUAUGCAUUAGCGGACGGGGACGACAGACUGAAAAAUGUGCAGAGGUGAAAAGAGCUGGUGGUGUUGGUUGCAUCUUACAAAAUGAUGAAAAAAUGGGUCAAGAAGUAAAAGUCGAUGCUCAUGUGAUUCCAGCGACUACAUUGACUCAUUCUGAUGCAACAAAAGCUCUAUUAUACAUCAAUUCUGCAGAAAAUCCCAAGGCCGCUAUUGGAGUUGCAAGGACGGUGUUCCGCAGCCGGCCAGCACCAUCAAUAACUGGUUUCUCAGGCAGAGGCCCAAGUAUCAUCGAUCCUAAUAUCCUUAAGCCCGAUAUUGUGGCUCCAGGUUUGAAUAUAUUAGGAGCAUGGAGUGACAAAUCAUCCCCUACAAGAGAACCGAAUGAUCACCCAAAGGUCGAAUAUAAUAUUCGUUCUGGCUGUUCCAUGGCUGUCCCUCACGUGGCAGCCGUAGCUGCCCUUCUUAAAUCAAGGCAUCCUACUUGGAGUAGCGCAGCAAUAAAAUCUGCUAUCAUGACAACGGCCUCAACGAAAGACAGCACGGGUUCAUUCUUAACCGAUUAUGAUGGUCAUCAUGCAACUCCCUUUGCAUUUGGUUCUGGUCAAUUGAGACCAACAAAGGCUAUCAAUCCUGGUUUAGUAUAUGAUACUUCCUCUGAAGACUACCUUGCCUAUUUUUGUAGCGGAGGACAGAAAAAUAUGGACGCAAUGAGAAAAAUUUACCCAACAUUCAAGUGUCCAGCGAUACCAACUCCAUUAUACAAUCUCAAUCAUCCAUCACUAGCUCUCCCCAAUAUAAAAAGUCCUGUAAUAGUUAACAGAACUGUAACCAAUGUGGGAAAACCAGAUAGUAUUUACAUCUUCCGCUGCAAACAACUGUUUGGAUUCGAUGUGGAAGCUAUCCCCGAUACCCUAUCCUUCAAGAAUAUUGAUGAGAAGAAAAAUUUUACCAUUAUAGUGACUCCAAAAAAGCAUGGGAAGUCUCCUAAAGGUUUUUAUGCCUUUGGGUGGUACACUUGGACUGAUAAACGUAAUGACUUUGAGGUGAGAAGUCCCAUUGUGGUGUCUUCAGCUUAAUUAGUAGCUCACUAUGAGCAGAUGUUUUUUUUAAGUCAUGGAGCUCUCCGCCUCACUGACCAGUUGCUGCUCAUUAUCCAUAUAUCAAGACUAUUGCCUGUUCCACA